UUAACAGUGGUGCCGGUGACUGGACUUGGUGAACCGGUUAUCUGAUCUCCUAUUUUCUAAAGAUUUCAAUCAAAGUUGUCUUAUUUUGGAACCAAGUGCUAAGUUAUGUAAUCAUACACUUGAUCGUGAUUUGUGGACUUUAGCUGAGCUAAAAAUAAGAUCGCAAAGUCCAGAGUUAAUGGUCUUUGAGACCGUGAUUUCUGCGUGACUUUACCAACGAAAACUCGGCCGUGUCACUAUUUCCAUCCACACUGCGUUGAGUAAUGGCAGUUUGUGUACGAUCAGCCGCCAAUCUUUUCAGCAAGAGAACUGCACGUUUUAUCAAGACACAGAGUCAUGUUUGCCGGCGAUUCGCUGCUUCAGACGGCACUGCAGCAGCCAAGAAACCUGUGCAGACAGAGUUGACAUGGGGACAGUAUUUCUUCAGCACACAUUUCUGGGGACCAGUUGCUAACUGGGGAAUCCCCCUCGCUGCAAUGGGUGACAUGAGGAGAGACCCAGAAAUCAUCAGCCCAAGGAUGACAGCAGCUCUGUGUAUCUACUCGGCCCUAUUCAUGCGGUUUGCAUGGAUGGUCAAGCCACGCAACAGUCUACUGUUUGCAUGUCACUUCACCAACGAAUGCGCUCAAAUCGGCCAGUUGGGACGGUGGUUUAAGCAUAACUAUGGUUCUAAAGGAGUAGGAACAGCAGCAACCGUAGCGAUAUCAGCACCAGCAGCACCAGCACCUGCUGCAGCAGCAGCACCGCCUGCACCUGCAGCAGCUGCCUCAGCAGUUCCUGAUACAGAAAGUCCAUCACCAAAAGCAAUAAAAUCCUCAGGAGAUUCAACUGAAGAUAAACCCACCAAGUCAGCGUAAAUAAUCUCUGGUACUAGCAUCAGGGUUAAAAUAGGAAAUGGAGAAAAAACCACUGCAUGUUGUCCAUUUUCUUUUUAAAGGUUUUGGAGAAAUUUAGAUUUUUGUUUAUUAUACACAAUGUGAAUGUUGGUGUAUACGUGCUUUUGGGGUGUGGCACCUUGAAAAAUAGAUUUUCAAAAUGAAUUGACAAUUUUCUAGAAUUACAUUAGUUAUAAGCUUUCCAAUGAGACAUCGUAUGAAAAAAUCGGCCCAUGACAAGUAAUCAAUUAGUUAAUUUCAACUUUUGAAUUAAAAACAGGAAUGGGAUAUGUAUGCUCAUAAUUUAUUCUGACUAGUGUGCACAAUUUCUGAACUGGAGUGUACCAUUUAAAAUAAAUUUUUAAAACUGUAUAAACCUGCAAAAACAAACAAGUACAUUUUGUAUAUUUUGUUAUAGGACAUAUUCCUUUAAAUUUUGUUCAGAAAAGAAAAUUGAAAUUAAAAAAAAGCAGGUAUAUACCAACUUUAAUAUUUAAUUGGUACGUUGGAAUAUAUAAUCAUUAUGUAUGGAAUUGAAAUUUGAGUUGUCAGUGGUGUAUUGGUCCACUCCGAGGAUAGAAAGACUUGUGUCCCUGGGCUGGCUAUUUUACAAUAAUUAAUAACAAAAUUAUGCUAGCACUGUACGAUAGAGUAAGCACAGAGAGGCUGUUGAAUUACAUCAGGGAACAGAAGUGGUCAAUGUCCAGGAGUACACAUUUGCCUGAUGGUCAGGGUAAUUCUAAGACAGAAUCUCCCCCACAUUGAAGAUGAAAUUUAAAACAAUUUCUGUUGCUUUUUUCCACAUAGCCAGCUGUUUUACCUUUUCUUUCACUAGCUUACCUGGCCUUUUUCCGAUUUUUUUUUUACCAAAUGAGUCUUUUCUAUAGAAAAAUAAAGCAGUCUUUUCCAAUGUUAGCCUAAAAUACAUAAUUUUGCUACUUGUGCAGGCUUUAAAGAACUGUUUUGGCAGUCAGUGAGUGCAGAAGCUUUGUAGUUUUUUUUAUCGAACUAAAUUUGGGUUUGCAGUCUUACCUCUGAAAAAAAGGGAAUAGAGAUUAUGUUGUUCACUUUCUUGAAGUGGAUUUUUUUAGAGUGACUUGUAUUUAAGAGCAUAUAUAGAGGUCCGCACAAAUAACGAUGACUCAAUUACUAUUGUAAAAUAGUCUACAAAAUAAUUUGGUAAAAGGUUUUAUUUUUGCACAGGUGUUUUCUUUGAGAAACAACUUGCAUGGCAUUUUACACGAAGAUACAAUUAUGCAAAUUAGAUUUAAACUUUUAUCUUUGAGUUGUAGAGGUCUUAAAACAGGGUUUAGGUAGGAUAGAUACAAAAUUACUCAGAAAUACAUUAUGAGAAAUAGAAUGUUUGUUUUCAAUUCAUUAAUAUACAUUUUUUUUAACCAACGUUAUUAGAUGAUCGGUUAAGCCCCGCCCACUGCGACGUCAGUUUCUUGACCACGCCCACUGCCCGUUCAGUAGCAUUGGAGCCGGAAGUUAACGCAACUUGAGUGCUUAUCCAAUAGGCGCCAGUAAUCAGUGUUGCGUGCGCGUGUAUGACGAAGUCACUUACCCAUGUGCACGGCUGUGAUUGAUCAAAGAAUCAAGGGCGGGGCUUAAUUGGUUGGAUAUCAUUUUUGUGUGCAAUCACAAUAACGAUGUUACAAAUUGAAAGCUUUGGUGUUUUAUUUCUUCAGAUGUUUCGCAUUCAUUCAAGCAAUGAAUGUGUAAUUAUAACAUUGCAGAAAAGACUGAUCAUGAACGGAAUGUUUUUAUAUUACUUGACCGAACAUGUAACACAAUAAAUAAAUAAUUUUGGUAUAAUUA